GUUUCAGAACUUUCGAGUUUCGACUGUGUUUUGUGUUUUGAAAUUUUUCAUACGAGGGUUUCACUAGUUUCUUGAUUCUUGUUUUAAUUUGCCUUAAUUAAAAUUAGAAUUAGAUAGAACAAUUGUUUUCAUUAUAUCUCUGAUUGACGCCAAACUUCUUUCGUUGAUUUGAAGUUUUUAACUAUGUCAAACGUAUUUCUCCCCAGGGUGAACCGACAAAACCGAAAUGAUGCAUUAGUUCAACAUAAAAGAAAGCCAUGCUUUCUGAUUCCAAAAGAAAAAGAGUUUCACCCUCAUUCCCCUUGUGAAGUUUGUUUUUCGUCCACUUCAAACUUACACCCAUGUGCUUAUGAAGAGCUUGGUGUAAGGAAUUUGCUUGCAGUUGCCCAGCCUAAUAGUAAGCUUUCAAUCCCAUGGCAUAACAUCCUGCAACAACAUUUUAAAUCACUCCAAGUACACUGGGGCCAACUUGAAAAACUUGGACAAAUUGAUGCUCCUAAGCUUUAUGUUGUUAUUCACCAAAACAAGUUUGAUGUCACAGUUUUAGCUUACACUCUUCUAGUAGGGCUUCAGGAAACUAACAUUGAGUUUCUGAACCAAAAUGAUUCCAAUUAUUCGGGGUUAUCAAAUCCUGUUGCUGAUAAAGAAAAUAAUGGAAAAGUUUCAAAAGUAUUGUUCAUUGAUGCUGAAAAUUCUGAUUUACUGUUGACAGCUGUUGGAAACUCAUUUUGUGGAAGUGAUCAAAUUGAUUUGUUACUGAUCCCAACUUCUGUUUGUUAUGAGCUGGCAAUCAAAGACGCUUCAAGUUCUUCCGAAUUACACAGUAAUUGGAAACCUAACGUCCGUAUCAAUUUUGGGCUCCCUCAUUCCUUUAAGGACUUUAUCAGCAAUAAUAAAAACGAAAACAACAUGAUCGACUUAAAACAACAUAUGCGGCAUGAAAUUUGGAGGAACACCCCAAUUAUGAGUGUUCAUGUCUUGUCAAUGAUACUGCAAUACCGAAUCAAAUCAAAAGAUUUCGAAUUGAAGGAUUGUGCUCAAUUAAUGGAUGAAUUUCAAAAAAAAUUCCGCCAACACCAUGAUCUGGCUUUCGUUGGCGACCUCGAUGCUAUCACACAAUAUAGUUUAGAGGUUUUUUCUAUGAAGGGAUUCGUUCCUUUUUCUUCAGUUGCUGUAGAAGUAAUGAAACUCGAAUCUCUUAUGAUGAAAAGUUUAUUUUCCGCGAUGGACGUGAUGGAAUUUGACUUGCAUUCUGAUACAUGCCGAGUCAGUCAGAACCGGUUACUGGAAAACUUCCGCAAAAUUGCAAGUCUUUUACGCCAUGAAAUUGAUUUCAUUAAUCCGCCAUGCCUGUCAGCUUCUGCUUCUGAAAAAAAAGCUCUAGAUUAUUUGAUUGACAAUCUAGUGCUGUCACAGCAAUCAGAUGAGCCCAAUUCCGGUGAACAGCUAAUGGCCAAGAGAAUAGCUUACAACCUGGAUGUUGAAUCUGAAGAUGAAGAAGAUUGGGCACGCAGGCCUACUAUCGAUACGUUAUUUUACGUCAACAUAGCCAAUGCCCUUUCCCACAAAUGGAUUACUACGGUAACUUCUACAGUUUUAGACGUAUACUAUGUUGCAGCUAAACAGCUUCUCGAACUUCGUAAAAUAGAUGUUGUGGAAGAAACUGUGUUUCUACAACGGAUUUCCGAAGAACUUAAGAGAAAAGGGCAUGAUUUUGAUGCUGCAGCACAGAAUGCUAUGAAGUUAUUCAAAGAAGAAGGCAUCAUCGAAAGUUACAGCCACUCAGAUGUAAAGAUCCUUUAUUUAAAGGACCCAUUCGAUGAAACCCGUAUUUUGCGCCUUAUCCAUGAAAUUGCACAAUUUUGUUAGACCAAAGACGGUUAGCAAGAAAAACUGAGAACUAUGAUCUCAGUUCACUGUGAUGUAUCAAUUAUUACUUUAAUAUGUUCUAUUAUUAUGGAAACGUGUGCGUUUUUUUUCAACUUCUGUUCAAGUAAAAAGAA